CGCACUUUCAUUUCCCGUUAAAAAGUAGUCUUGUUCCCACCAAAGUUUUCCUAGCGAGGAGCCCAUUAAUCUUCGUCGAAGAAUUUCAAAUCCAUCUUUGUGGUAGAGACUUGGACUAGCUAGAAAGAAACAUCUCCUCUUUGAAAUGAAGAGAGCUCUCGAAGACAAUGGACCUCCACCCAAGAAGCCAGUCUUCUUAACUAAAGCUCAGAGAGAGCAAUUAGCGUUGCAGAGGAGAGAGGAAGAAGCAGCAGAGCAAAGGAAGCAUCUUGAAGAGCAGCGAAAGCUAUUGCUUGCCAGACCGACUGAAGCCACUCCCUCAGAUCGCUACCAUGACAGAGAAAGGGAACGCGAGCGUGAGCUUGAUCGUCGUAGAGAGAGAGAUGAGGAAGCAAAGAAUAGAGAGAAGGCUCGUAUCGAGAAGCAAGCAGAGAGAGAACGCGAGAAGGAGCUCGAAUCCAUAAAGGAGCAAUAUUUGGGCACCAAGAAGCCAAAGAAGCGGGUCAUAAAGCCUAGUGAGAAGUUCCGGUUCUCUUUUGAUUGGGAGAACACGGAGGACACCUCUCGAGACAUGAAUGCCCUUUACCAAAACCCUCAUGAAGCCCAGCUCUUGUUUGGGCGUGGCUUUCGUGCUGGAAUGGAUAGGAGAGAACAAAAGAAAUUGGCGGCCAAAAAUGAGAAGGACUUGAGAGAAGAGAUUCGCAAAAAAGAUGGCGUUGAAGAGAAACCCGAAGAGGCUUUAGCCCAACGCCAAAAAGAAGAGGCAGCAAACCUUUACGAUACUUUUGAUAUGAGAGUUGAUCGCCACUGGUCUGAGAAGAAGCUUGAGGAGAUGACAGAGAGAGACUGGCGGAUCUUUAGAGAGGAUUUUAAUAUCUCUUACAAGGGAUCCAAGAUCCCAAGACCCAUGCGAAAUUGGGAAGAAGGUAAUUUGAGUUCUGAGCUUCUAAAAGCCGUUUAUAAGGCAAACUAUAAGACCCCAUCGCCAAUUCAGAUGGCUGCUAUCCCCUUAGGGCUUCAACAGAGAGAUGUUAUAGGCAUAGCCGAAACUGGGUCUGGUAAAACAGCUGCUUUUGUGCUUCCUAUGCUUACUUAUAUAUCUCGGCUUCCUCCCAUGACUGAAGAAAAUGAGGCAGAAGGUCCUUAUGCUGUGGUUAUGGCACCCACUAGAGAGCUCGCCCAACAAAUCGAAGAAGAGACAAUAAAGUUUGCUCAUUACUUGGAUAUUAGGGUGGUUUCGGUUGUUGGUGGUCAAUCAAUCGAAGAGCAAGGAUUCAAGCUACGACGAGGAUGUGAGGUUGUGAUCGCGACACCUGGUCGUCUUAUCGAUUGCCUGGAAAGAAGGUAUGCUGUUUUGAACCAGUGCAAUUACGUUGUAUUGGAUGAGGCAGAUCGAAUGAUCGAUAUGGGUUUUGAGCCCCAGGUUGUUGGUGUUCUUGAUGCCAUGCCCUCAAGCAAUCUAAAGCCCGAGAAUGAGGAUGAAGAGCUUGAUGCCAAGAAAAUCUAUCGAACCACGUACAUGUUUAGUGCCACAAUGCCACCUGCAGUUGAAAGGCUUGCAAGAAAAUACCUCAGGAACCCUGUUGUGGUUACCAUAGGCACAGCUGGUAAGGCCACCGAACUCAUAACCCAACAUGUGAUUAUGCUUAAGGAAUCAGAGAAAUUGUUUCGAUUGCAAAGGCUUCUCAAUGAGCUUGGGGAUAAGACGGCAAUUGUGUUUAUCAAUACAAAGAAAGCAGCAGAUACUUUGGCAAAACAGCUCGAUAAGUCGGGUUAUAGGGUGACCAUAUUGCAUGGGGGUAAGAGUCAAGAUCAGAGAGAGAUAAGCCUCGAGGGUUUCAGGACGAAGAGGUUUAAUGUGCUGGUUGCCACCGAUGUCGCAGGGCGUGGGAUUGAUAUACCUGAUGUUGCCCAUGUAAUUAACUAUGAUAUGCCAGGAAACAUAGAGAUGUACACUCAUAGAAUUGGGCGUACUGGUCGUGCAGGGAAGACUGGUGUAGCAACCACGUUUUUAACGCUCGGUGAUACUGAGGUAUUCUAUGAUUUGAAGCAGAUGCUUGUACAGAGCAAUAGCCCGGUGCCUCCUGAGUUGGCAAGGCAUGAGGCUUCGAAGUUUAAGCCUGGGAGCAUACCAGAUAGGCCUCCUAGGCGUAAUGAUACUGUGUUUACACAUUGAGGAUGAUCAGUUAUAACGAUUUGUGAUCCAAUCCUACCUAGUAUGAGCAGAAGGAAGGCUUUUUUGCUGGUUCAAAUCCCUUGUUUUGUGUAAUUGGGGUUGGUUUUGGUUCUUUUAUCACCCUUGGAUAUUUUCUGCUGAUUUCUCAUCACUGGGGCUGAUAUCAUUUCAUGGGAAUUAAGUGGUACAAGAAGCGUGUCUUAAUCAAAAUUUACUAAGGGGGCAAGAAAUUUGAACACUUUGAACCUCACAAGGACCGCAGCUUGUGCUUGAGAGAGCCAUGUACUGGACCUGAGACCCAAAAACCUAGCUGUACGUGUUUAUCUGAGAGGAGUUUCUGGUAGCUACAGUAGCUGUUAGAUUGUUUAGUUCAAUGUGUUAAAGGUCCGUUGUUUCCAAAACCAGGGAUAACAGCUUCAGUGCUAUCCAUGAUGCAGCACCUUCUUAAC